CACGUCUUCUGCACUCUCCCCCUUCGGUCAAUCUUCAUUUUCACACUCUCAAGCAUGUCAGCUACCUCGAGCGAUACCGGCGUCAAGCCUGCUGACUUCAAGGAAUUGCGAUUUAGCGUCGUCAUUGGAGGAGGCACAGCUGGUUUGACUGUCGCUGGCCGUCUUGCAACGUCCUCGAAGCUCAACGUCGGUGUUCUCGAAGCUGGUCAAUGGCGACCUGACGACCCGAAGAUUGCCUACCCGGCCUACAUCGGUCAGUCGCUGAUGGACCCCAACUACGACUGGUGCUACCAGACGAAAGAGCAGGAGCAUGCCAAUGGCCGCAAAUGGAUCCAUCCACGGGGCAAGGUUAUGGGUGGGUCGAGCGCCCUGAACUUCCUAGUCUGGCAGCGUGGCCACGAAAAAGAGUUCGACGCCUUGGACAAGGAGCUGGGAUGCCCAGGAUGGAGCUGGAAGGAUAUGCUUCCCUUCUUCCGAAAGUCGGCCACCAUGCUGCCGCCUUCAUCGGAACUGCAGAAGGCCAAUCUGGCCGGUAUCGACGAGACGGCUCAUGGGAGUGAUGGUCCUGUGCACGUUUCGUACAGCAGCUGGUACCACACCUGCCAAAAGCACUUCAUGGACAGCCUCGAGAGCAUUGGUCUGACCAAGAAUGUCGAUGGGCUGAGGGGCUCCAACUCGGGCCUGUGGGCCAGCCCGGCUACUGUGGACCAAAGAACGUGGACACGCUCGUCGAGCGCAGCCGCCCACUACACGCCCAACAAGGACCUGCCGAACCUCAAGGUCCUCUGCGGCGCUCACGUCACGCAGGUCGUGCUGGAAAAUGGCCGAGCUACCGGCGUCAAGUACGUCCAUGACGGGCAUUCGUACGAGGUCAAGGCCCGUCGCGAGGUUGUCCUGUCUGGCGGCUCGAUCAACUCGCCAGCCAUCCUCGAGCACUCCGGCAUCGGCUCGCCGGCUGUCCUCAAGAAGGUGUCUGUCGACGUCAAAGUGCCCCUGGAGGGAGUCGGCGCCAACCUGGUCGAGCACUGCUACACUGCUUCGGCCUACGAGCUCAACGAAGACUCUGGGGUCGAGACCUGGGAUCAGCUGCGCGAAGCGGACUUUGCUGCCAAUGCUCUUAAGCAGUAUCAGAGCCAGGAUGUAGACCGAGGCAUCAUCGCCUCUGCCUUUAGCGGCUUUGCAUACCUUCCCCUGCAGCAGUACAUGAGCAAGAGUGAGGUCGACGAAGUCAAGUCUGGCGUACAGAAGCUCCUCGCCUCAGACUACUACGUCAACGAGGUGGAGAAGGAGGGAACCAAAGUCUACCUGCAGCAGCUCGACGACCUGGACGUCCCAGCAAUGGAGCUCGUCUUUGCACCAGGCUGGUUCCACGGCGCUGCUCCACCCAAGCCGAACUCGCGCUACUUCACUAUCUUGGCAGCUCUUCAACACCCCUUCUCUCGUGGUACGGUUCACAUCACGUCCAAUGACCCCCUCGCACCUCCGGAGCUCGACCCACGUUACUUCAGUGCCAAGGCCGAUCUAGACGUGCUGGCCAAGGCCGUUAAGUGGGUUGACCAGGUAGUUGACACUCCUGCAUUCAAGAAGAUCACCAAGGGGCGUCAACAGCCUGCACCGGAGAAGACAAGCGAUGCAGAUGUGGAGAACUGGGUCAAGGACACGACUUCGACCACGUACCACCCGGUCGGGACGUGCUCGAUGGGCGCAAAGGAGAAGGGAGGCGUUGUGGACGAGAAAUUGCGCGUGCAUGGCGUGCAGGGUUUGAGGGUCGUCGAUGCGUCGGUUCUGCCUAUUGUGCCUUCGAGCCACAUCCAGAGCGUCGUGUACGGGAUUGCGGAGAAGGCUGCGAGCAUGAUCCUCGAGGACCUGGCUGCGUGAGGGGCGCCGGCAUCGGCGGGCUGCGUGAGCCCGGUGUUGGACCCGGCGUACUUGUCAUAGAGACGAUGUAGAUGCGAUGGGCGUGAACAUAUGGAAUCAGCA